UAGUGUUGGGCUCCUUCGGGACUUGAGCAGCAGCAGAAGCUAUAGCGAAGUCGCAGCGAAGUGACUGCCCGAGCCCGCCGAAAUGGCAAAGUGGCUAGUCGUGGUAGUAGGUGCGGUAACCCUGUUGGGGCGAGGAGUGUUCGCCGGCGCUCACGGAGGAGGCGGGGGUGAGGCCAUUAUCGUUAAGGUAGUAGAUGGCGGCGGAGGUGGCUACGAAAGAGGUGGUUUUGACGGGGGCCACGGGGGUAUCGGCGGAGGUUUUGGUGAUGGACACGGCGGUGGAGGCGGCGGAGACGUGCAAAUCGUGCAGUUACAAGAAAAUGUUGGCCACGGGGGCGGCGGCUACGGUGGCGGCGGAGGAGCUGGUGGCCAUAAAUACACAGCUCAAAUUGACAAAACCCCUAUCCCGAUCAAGUAUAAGCAAGGCCUCGUUACAUCUACGCAUCCUAUAUCAUUAGUGGAACCUAUAAAGAUCGCCGCUAAUUUGCCUGGACCGAAAGUGACUUUCCCUCACGGGAUUCCGAAGGCUGAAAGUUCCGGAGCUACAGCGGUUCAAAUUCAAGAGGUUGGAGGUGGUAACGGCGGCGGUGGCUAUGGAAACGGUGGUGGCUUCGGUGGGGGUCACGGCGGCGGUAGCUACGAAAACGGUGGUGGCUUCGGCGGGGGUCACGGCGGAGUCGGCGGAGGAGAAGCCGUUAUUGUCAAGGAAAUAGACGGAGGUGGUCAUGGAAGAGGGGGAGGAUAUGGUGGCGGUCAUGGUAGCGGCUUUGAGGGUGGUCAUGGUGUCGGUGGUGGUGGAUUUGGUGGGGGUCAUGCUCAAGCUAUCGAAGGGGGACACGACGCCGCAUAUCCCGACCCUGUUGUGUCCGUUGCCGACUCUGUACAAAAGAUCCCUAUUGGUCAGGCUGUGCAUACCGAGGAGGCUCAUGGCGAUGGAGGUCACGGGGGUGGCGGUCAUAGUGAUGCUAAAGGAGUAGCGGUACUCUCGAUCAACGUCCAGGAGUCUCACGGAGGCGGUGGAGGCGGUGGGUCCUGGGAAGGGGUCGGUGGACACGGAGGAGAAGCGGGCGCCGGAGGAGGUCCCUGGGAGGGAGCCGGUGGACACGCCAGCGGCGGCGGCGGCGGAUGGCAGUAGAUGAUGGCACUGAUGACGACGACGACGACGACGACGAGGGCGCUGGCGUCCUGUUGCUCACAAAGUCUGGAAAAUCGGUAGAACUCUGUUUGGACUCACAGAUGCAACGAAUUUAGUUGAAAAUUAUAUGGAUGCGCGCUGCAUAAUUUCUAUCCCUUUUCCUCUUGUAAUCCCUGUACAUAGCCCAUUCACUUCAACCGUAUCUGGUGGUGCUUUGCUGUGCAACUUAUGUAUAUACUACUUUUGGCUAAGACAAUAGUUCAGAAAUAAUAAACGCAUGAAUAUUUACAAACGACCUUUUUA